CCAGUUCGGUCUCCAGUUCAUUACCUUGGAUUCGAUCAAUUGUCCUCGGCCGAAGUGGUAAAAAAGCCACGCAUAGAGCCCAACCAUCUGUCGGCCAAGAGCCAAUCGAGCAGCCCGCCAGAUCGGGGCAAUGACAGCGGGACGGGCCAUGCGACAGACGCGCGCCAUAGGCGUGGGCUUCCCGUGGUUGGCGGCGUAGUCAUCAAUCGUCUAUUUGAUGGUCUUCAAAUCGACAACUUUCAUCAUCGUCAUCCUCCUUCUCCAGUUUCCAAUGGCUUCUCGCUUCUCGGCUAAGAACCCCCACCUCGAGUCAGGCUGUUGCUCGCGUCGACCCGUGAAGGCAGUGCUCCCGACAGGCCGGGUCUGUGCACGCCGCAUGGGCGAAUCAAGCAGCGCGGCGUGGGGGGACGUCAUCAUGUGAACAGGGUCUUCCAGAAGGCGUCGAGGUUCCUUUCACAUGCCAGCGGCAUGGCGCAGGGGAUUCGCCCUAUGGGAUUCGCCCUAGCCCAGCACCCACUCCCGGCCAGCUGGACAGCCGCAAACAAAGCCCGUCGAGUCCCAUGGGGCUCCGCAUUCCAUCGGCUUUCACGGUCUGCACGCGCCCGCCUGACGUGGGCUUGGGCUGGUUGGAGCUGGCUUCAAGAGCCGUUCCUCGACUGCUGAUCGAACGCUGUCCUCCAUGCCUCUCUCUUCCCGCAGUGCGCUACUGCGGCGCGCUCCUGUCUGCGCCUGUUCCCCUCCAACGCUCAAUCGUCUUGUUGCUGCCUUCGUCUCACCCGUCGGGUCGGCCUUGUUUCACACCCUCCCUGCCGGGGUCUCCAGACUGCCCCAUCAUCCCUUCUGUCACAUGUCUGGGUGAGCACCAAAACACCGACCCAGCCCAGCCGACGGGCGUCUUUGCCUUAGUUGGGGCUGCUCUUGAAGACGAAACCCGUCCUCCGCGAACCCACCUCAGGCCCGGAUCGACGUAGAUGCGCCAAUGGUCCUUGGGCUGCAUGCGAGUCUUUGUUUGUCCCAGCAGCGAGCCUGCAAGAUCGUCGGAACAAGAUCAUCGGAACAAGAUCAUCGGAACCAUCGGAUAGUUUAGGCUCGGAGCCAAACGCCCCAUCCCGCCUGCGGGACCGGUUCCUGUCCGCGUAGAGUGCCGCCCGUCCUUCGCCGCGGUUCCAGCGCCUGGCAGGUCCUCACGGACCGCUGCCGCCUGCCCCAAUAAUCAACAAUGCUGGACCAUGUUCUCGGCAGGCCUUCCACCAAGUCUCGACGGCUUCAGGUGCUGGCUGUGCUGUCGUUCUGGACCGCCUACCUGGUCAAAGGGAACAAACAUGGGCCACCCAUCUUCCAGGUCCUGUCCAGGGUGCUCAGCCGGAGGCUGACGGCCUGGCAGAUUGUUGUCGUCACCAUGGCCUACCUGUACGCGACGCGCAACUUCAGCACGCUGGUGGGCCUGGCCAGCCCUGAGCCGCUGGCCAACAUGUACGACACCACGUAUUUCCGGGCCACCUGGGUCCUGACGGCCCUGGACGCCGGCUUCUGGACGGCCAUGAAGAUCCGGAACAAGUGGCUGCGCGAUUUUUGCAGUAUCAUCUUUACGGGCUUCUAUCUCUUCCAGACGGAGAAGGCCGACGAGAAGGUCCGCAAGGUCCGGGCCAACCUCACGGUCGAGCACCUGCGGGUGAGCUGGAACAAGGGCGUCUCGCCCUACAUCGCCUUUCUCCAAAGCCUCAUCAGCCCGCGCUUCAGCCGCUGGCCACCCCGGCAGAUCCGCAUCCCGCGGCCCGCCACCAGCGACUUCAAGGAGCCUGUCAACGGAUGGCUCUACUACGAUGGCCCGCUUUCGGACCUUGAGCACCACAACAAGAUGGUGCUCGACUUCCCUGGCGGCGGGUUCGUGGCCAUGGACCCUCGAUGCAAUGACGAUAGGCUGCUAGGCUGGGCUUCCAAGACGGGCCUCCCCAUCCUGAGCCUGGACUACAAGAAGGCUCCUGAGUUCCCCUACCCUCACUCCCUCAACGAAUGCUACGACGUCUACACCACCAUCAUCAACACCAAGGGCCGCUGCAUCGGACUCCCAGGGAUAGAGAUGCCGCGAAUAAUUCUCUCGGGCGACAGCGCCGGCGGCAACCUCGCGACGGCAACAACGCUUAUGAUCAUCGAGAGCGGCAACUCGCCUGUGCGCCGGUUCCAGGGCCAGACGGAUCUGCCCCUUCCCGAGGCCCUGAUCCUGUUCUAUCCAGGUCUCGAUAUGAACAUUGGGAACUGGAUGUCGGACGAGCAGAUGUCGUUGAUUAGAGACAGGCGUGUGCGCAACACGAACCGCAGGAUCGUGCGUCGCAAGAGCAUGCAGUACAACAACCUCGUCGGCACACCUCACCACUCGGACGAUGAGGAUGAGGGACCGGAUGCGCAGCAGCAGCAGCAGCAACCGACACUUGCCAUCACGCCACCAUCGGAGAGGGAGCUGGCGCAGUCCCGCGUGGGUGCUGACAAGGCACGGAGCCCGCACCCGGAAUACGCACAUGAGGGGCCAAGCACGUGGACCAAGUCCCAGCAACAGCCGUCACGACAGAGGCCCUCGGCGGCGGCGCGCAAGAACAGCAACGGCAACGGCAACAGCGUCAAAGGCGUCACCGACACCCCAUCAUCGUCGCACCACUCGGAGCCGCUGCGCACGCGGCUGGCAACGUCAUCCAUGAUCUCGUACUUCAACGACCGCAUUCUAUCGCCCGAGAUGAUGAGGGCCAUGAUCAUCCUCUAUAUCGGCCCACACAACCGGCCCGACUUCUCGUCCGACUACCUGCUCUCACCGGUGCUCGCGCCCGACGUGCUACUAGCCCGUUUCCCCAAGACGUACUUUUUGACGGGUGAGCGCGACCCGCUGGUCGACGACACGGUCAUCUUCGCCGGCCGACUGCGCCGCGUCAAGGCUGCCAUGCACGCCUCGGGCGGGCGGCGGUUCGAGUACAUGGACGACGACAGCCUUUCGCCCGGGUUCAACGAGAAGGACGUGGCCGAGACGGUCCUGAUACCCGGCGUCUCUCACGGCUUCAUGCAGUACCCAACCAUCUACCCACCCGCGUACAAGUGGAUCGACCGCUCGGCUGGCUGGAUCGAGGAGGCUUUUGCGGCGGCGGAUCGGCGCGAGCGCGAGAGGCGCCGCGCCCUCGUCUCGUCCAACCGAGGCAGGAACGGCCCCAGGGCGACGGCCGCUGCGAGGCCAGGCGGCGACGGCUCGCCCCUUACGACGAAGGGCGAGGGUAGGCACCAUGUGCGCACCGAGUCGAGCGGCGACGAGUGGGAUCGGCCGCUAGAGAUGAGCAUGACGCGGCCGAGGGGCAAGGCGGCCACGGAGCAGCAGCCAGAGCAAGAGCAGCCCGAGGAAGGCAGCAACGCGGGUGAGGGCGACGACCAGGCGGCGUCCGAGGCUGGCGCCAACGGUAGCAACGCCGAUAUCAAGCGGAGGAAGAGUCUCAAGGGCAACAACGGCAGCAUCAGAGGGAGGAGGGAGUACAAGGACAAGGCGCUCAACCGCUUGGCCAGCUCGGAUGACCUCCUCGGCCGGAGAAUGCAGGGACUGGCUGGUGGGCUCACCGGCCUGAUUGAGGAGGAAUGAUUGAUGCUUUAGGAUGUCGGCAUGGCGCUUCUUUUCUCACUCGUUAUAUCACAUCCGACAGCACCUGAUCUGUUUAAACCCACUGGCAUGGUUUCUUCCUUGGAUAUGAAUGCAUUCCAUUAGAUUUACAGCCCUUGCCAUUGCCCAGGCCUUUAUAUUUGCUUCCAAGAUAUCUGCGGCGCUAAUAUGCUUUGCGCAGCGCCCACCAUCGAACGUCUGUCAUCCAGGUAAUACUCCUGUCAACACAGCUUACCAACUCACUCUCACAUGACACCGCAACUGCUUACUAGCCCAGCCAAGUGGUCCGCCAUCAAGGCUCGCCGCCGCCUUGUUGUAGCACGAAGAUGGUCCCUUGGCGACGGCGACAACGGGGGGGUACUACCUGCAACCUAGAGCUUCUAGAAAACGCGAGGCGCGGGCAGGUAAUCUAUGGCGCUGACGCAGGGGAGGAGGGCAGACGGAAACACCUAGUCUGGCUGUGUCUCUCGCGCCGUGACACAGACGGGAAGCUCCAGCUCGGAGUGGGGAGAUGAGUGAUGACUGGCUGGCUGGUCAGCCAUAGAGGCGCCAGCACCCCCAGCCUCGCCGUCGCGAAUCGGCGAACCCCGCCUUGUCGCUGGCCGCCGGGCUUCUCCUACCUAGUGCCCGGCCCCGGCGCCCGCCUAUACAUCACAGCACGCGCUCUCUGCUUGCCGAGAUUUUUCUCUUUCGGAAGGAGCCACAGGGCAGGGCAGGGGGUGGGUACGCGGGAGCGACGCGGGAGCCUGCCGCCCGUGCCUUGCGCCGUGUCACCCCUCCGUCAGCCGCCUUGCUUGGUUAGGGUGGCGGUAGUGGGGGGAAGGGGGGNG